CCCAGUAGUCACAGAUGAAAGGAGAAACCUUAUAAUAAAUAAUAUUUGAUACGUAGCCUACAGUCCCACCCAAGCAUAGAGAAACAAACAUGGCUGAUACAGAGGAAGCCGAGGAAUCUUCUUCAGGAAUUUUGCAAGAAAUGUUCACUUCCCCGUUGAAUUUGAGUCUGCUUGGCCUCUUCAUAUUUAUUUUGCUCAGAAUCUUCUGCGGAGACAAGCCUGCAGAUAUGGGCGAGGUUGAGGAACCUCUGCCUAAACUCAAGAACAGAGAUUUCACUUUAGCGGAGCUGCAACCGUACGAUGGGCUUCAAAAUCGAAGAAUUCUCAUGGCUGUCAAUUCAAAGGUGUUUGACGUAACCACAGGAAGGAAAUUAUACGGGCCAGUGGGUCCAUAUGGAUUGUUGGCUGGUAAAGAUGCCUCCAGGGGCCUGGCCACUUUCUGUCUGGAGAAGGAGGCCCUGAAAGACACCCACGAUGACCUCUCGGACCUCAACGCCAUGCAACAGGAGAGCCUCAACGAAUGGGAGACCCAGUUCACCCAAAAGUAUGACUAUGUUGGCAAACUUCUGAAACCUGGAGAGGAACCCUCCGAGUACACUGAUGACGAGGAGGUCAAGGACAAAAAGAAGGACUAGAACUCACAAGUGCACACGGGAAAUUCAGAUGCCUUAAUUUUUUCUGAUAAUGUGAUGCAUAUUGCCUUGUGCUGCGGCCAUUGAUCUAAAUGCUUUCUCCUGGAUGGCUUUUGUAUUAUAUCAUUGUCAUGGACCAUCACCUCUUAUGCUAAAUUAAUAUGCCACAGACCUUAAAGCGGCAAUCAGCAGGUAAAACAAUAACAAAGCAUUAUCGAGCCCCUGUUUAGGUACAAAAAAACUAUGGAUGCAGGGACUGACAAUCCAUGAUAUAAAAUGAUAGUUUUAACCAUGUUUUGAGGCUAAAUAGGAUUUGUUUACUUUUACUUUAUUUACAAACAUUGGAGUAAAACAAGCUUAUAUGUCGGGUUCUGAUGGGUACGACAGUUGAACUAAACUCAUGAGGCAUUUAUAAGUUAUAUUCGUCAAGAAUCAAGGGGUUAAUAUCAUUCAUUUAUAAGUCCAAAGGUGGAUGUAGCAACUGCAGAUUGCCCCUUUAAUUUACCAAAAUGCACCAGAUUUUAGGUUCAGGUUCCAAUAAAUUUGUAAGACUGUAGUGUCUUUGUAAAAGCACCAUACAGGUAGUAUACACCUUUAUUUUAUUUCUAUACAUUUGUCUUGUUUUGUGUAUGGUGAUGUUUUGUAUGUGAUCUUGCCUGAUUGUGUCUAUAUUUUAUUGUUCAUUUUAAAAGCAAACAUCUUGGGCUGCC